AUGUGGUUGCUUCUCGCGGUUAUGGGUAUUGUAAUAAUUAAAUAUGAAAAUCGCAUUAUAAUGCAUGUUGCAUGGGUUGUUUUCCAGACGAAACCGCAGAUGACCAAAGCAUUCAUCUUUUCCUGGACUCCAGUGAUUCAGAGUCAGUGCAAGAUGAUGACGACAUCUCCUGUUAUGUGGAUGAGUAUGAAGAGGACGAAGUUGUGGAAAGCCUUGAUGAGGAGCUGAGUGAAGCCUAUCCUCACAUACAAGAUGGGGAGGGGCAUGGAAGUGAUCAGUCCACAAGUGAAAAACCAGAAGACUUGUUGAUGAAAAUUCUGGCCAUGAUGCUUUUGUCAUGGCAAGCUACCUUCAAGAUUUCUGACAAUGCCAUCACAUCACUUCUUCUGUGCAUCAAACGUUUCAUAUGGAUACUUGGACAUGUCAUGUGUGCCAGUCCCCUCACUGCCUUUGCAAGCAAUAUUCCAAAGACUUUAUUCUCCUUGAGGAAAUGGACUGGUGUCCUCCGUGACAACUUCUUACAGUAUGUGGUUUGUCCAAAAUGUAUGACAGUAUACAUGCUUACUGAAACCUACGAGCUCAAACGCGAUGGGACAAAGAACUUGUUAAAAGACCUGGAUUUGAAGAGAAAUGUGAAGAAUGGAGAAAGCGGAAAAUACCUGAGGGUGUGUUAG